AGGAAAGCUCGCAUUGAUCACAGGAGCUGGAAGUGGACUUGGCAAAGCAAUGGCAUUAAAACAAGCAUCAUUAGGGUGUAAUAUUGCAAUUGCUGACAUAAAUAAAUCUGCAGCCGAAGAAGCAGCAAAAGAAGUAGUAAACUAUGGAGUCAAAGCAAAGGCUUAUCAAGUGGAUGUCACUAAAUCUGACCAAAUCAUUCAGCUUCGUGGUGACAUUGAAAAUGAUUUUGGAGAUGUUGAUAUUCUCAUUAAUAAUGCAGGACUUGUGUUAUUAACAAAUCUAGAAGAGGAACCAGAAUUUCUUGAAGCCGUCGUAAAAGUAAAUUUGCUAGGUGUAAUUCUGAUGGCAAAAUACUUUCUGGAAAAGAUGAAAUCCCAAGGAUAUGGACAUAUUGUGUCAAUUUCAUCAUUAGGUGGUCUUCAUGCCUCUCCAUUUAUCACUCCAUAUUGUGCGACUAAAUUUGGUGUAAAUGGCUUUAUGCAAGGAUUAACCGAGCAUCUUAGACUAGAAAAAUUGAAUGACAAGAUAAAAACGACAUGUAUAUUCCCAUCUUACAUAAAAACGUGUAAAGCUGUUGAGGAUCAUUUGAGUCCAAAGUAAAUGGAAAAAUCAUAAAUUUGGAACAAGUAAUUUAAAAAUAUUUUUUAAAAUAAUUUCAGCAUAAGAACUGCGGUUUUAGAGUUAAAUCAUGCAGCAGAAACCAUCAUCAAUGCAAUUCUUUUUGAGAAGACAAAUGCAACAGUACCGGAAUCCUAUGGUUUAGCUAUAAAAAUUGUGCAACUCUUUCCAUUAAGAAUCCAACAAAAGAUUUACCGUGAUA